UACGCAUUUACUUUGCAAAAGUAUCUGCGUCUGCAGCAGCAGCACGAGCAGCUCUGCAACAACCUCGAGCAGAUCCGCCCGCGAACCGCCUCGACCGGCACCCUGUCCACCAUCUCGUCGCCCAGCACGUCGCCCGUCCGCUCCUCCAUCCUCACCUCAUCACGGCGCCACUCGCGAUCCGGAGGCCCCUCACGCCGCGGUUCCAGACAGCCGCGCCAGAGCAACAACGGCUGGGAGGACCAGCUCGACACCAUCCUCGACGAAGAGACCAUCUUCCAGAUUUCCGCCGAGGAGCAGCGGCUGUUUGACGUCAACGAGAGUAUCAAGCGGGCCUUGACGGAGCUGCUCAACUGCGAUGCCGUCCGCAACGACAUGACGACGCGCAUGUGGGCUCAGGCCCGGCUGAUGGAGACGGAGAAGGAACUUCGGUCGGGGCGGCGGAGGAGAAGCUCC